AAAUAAAAGGUUUUUCACUCUACGAUUUAAAAUACUAUAGGUAAACCCUAUGGUUAAUCCUGACAGCUUUUUUUUUGGCUAUUUCCAGCUAUUUCUUUGUCUAGCUAGAUGAAUAGAAUUAUCACCAUGUCGAGUCAUCUCAUGUCUGAAAUAUUUGUAAAUAAAAGUGAAUGGUAGUAAUAAAGAAAUGAUUAAGAGAUAAUAUUAUAGUACAUAAUUAAAAGUUAUGAUCAAAUAUGCCUGCUAAACAGAAGAAUGAAACAGAACAGAAGAAAAGUAUAUUAGUUGUACCUAGCAGAGUAAUUAGUAGACCAGAUGAACUUGAAGGUGGAGAAGAAACUGAAAUCGCAGCUCAAAUAUCCGUUCCAGAAGAAGGAGGCUGGGGAUGGGUUGUGUUGGUAGCAGCCUUUUCCUGUAUCAUGAUACUGGAUGGAAUUUGUUUUACUUUUGGAUGCUUGAUUCAAGAUUUGAAGCAGGAAUUCCAAACGACAGAUUCCAAUAUUGCUUUUGUUAAUUCUUUAGCAGUGUCAUUUUAUUUUCUCUUGGGACCAUUAGCCUCUGCAUGUAUCAAUCGUUUUGGCUUUAGAUUAUGUUGUAUGACUGGAUCAGUUAUUGUUACUUGUUCAUUUCUAUGUACGUACUUUAGUACGAAUUACGUAUCUCUUUGUGUUUUCUAUGGAGCGUUUGCAGGUUUAGGAUAUUGCUUGAUAAAUUUAUCAAGUGCCCUCGUAGUAGGCUUUUAUUUCGAGAAAUUACGUGCGCUUACAUUAGCAAUAGCUGCUACGGGAUCAAGCGUUGGGAUUGCUGUAAUGGCACCUAUAAAUACAUAUAUAAUUGGUAUAGCAGGUUGGAGGGUUGUAACUAUGUUCCACACAGGUUUAUUUGGCAUAACGUAUUUCCUUGGAAUGACCUAUAGACCUUUACUGUCCUUGACAGUUAUCACAACCACAGAUGAUCCAACUCGAACUGUUACAUAUUUGCCUAAUUUAGCUUCUGCUAGCCGUACUGGUACAAAUGUUGGAGGUGUAUUAAUGCCAACUGCAACAGAGCGAUUAUUUAGUGCUGUCUCCAAUGCCAAUUUUCCUACAGCGGCAUCGGUCGUAGUAGAAGGGUUAUCAACAACUCCAACACAGCCUGGCCCAUCAACAGGCCCUGCCGUAUCUAAAAUUACAUUAAGGGCUCACAGUCCUCAUGGAGGUAUAAGUAAGCGUCAGUUAAAGCAAGUGCAAUCUAUAAUAUCAAAAUCAAGUGUUCAAGAUAAAACGAAAAAGAAUGUAGAGGUUACUGUCCAUGUUGAUGAACCCAAGAAAAGAAAGUGGUGGCAGAGACUUUUUCAUUGGGAAGAACACGUUCAAGAAUCGCGGCCUAUGUACCGAGAUGAUGCAUUUUAUGCUGGAAACAUCGAAAAAUUACCCGAAUAUCAAAAGAGUAUGAUGGAUACACCAGCCGAUGGCAAAACGGGUUUAGAAUAUCAAAUGGCAGUAUCUAGAGCAGUAACUGCUGUUGAUUUAAAGGAAAAACGUGGUGUUUUUACUACUGCUGCUCGGCGAGUUUUAGCAACAAUGAUGGACCCUAAUCUAUUAAAGAAAAAAUCAUUCUUACUUUUAAGCACUAGUGGUUUUGUGGUAUAUUUGGGUUACCUAGUACCCUAUGUAUUUAUGUUAGAUCGGAGUAUAACCGCGGGCAUAGAAUUUCGUCAUAGUAACUUAUUUUUGACUGUAAUUGGAACUGCAAAUGCAAUUGGCAGAUUAGUAAUGGGUGCAUUAGCUACUAAGUAUGAUCCCCUAAAAUUAUAUAUAAUGGCAUGCGUUAUAUCUGGAUUGGCAACUAUAUUAUCUAGUUUAUCUUACGAUGUUUAUUACCAAUAUGGUUAUUGUACUAUUUUCGGUUUCUUCAUAUCUAGCUUUGCCAGUCUUAGAAGUAUAGUUAUCGUUUCUCUAUAUGGGUUAGAUAAAUUAACAAAUGCUACUGGUAUAUUGCUAUUAUUCCAAGGCUGCGGAAGUUUAAUAAGCACCCCCAUGGCAGGAAUGUUGAAAGAAAAUUUUAACUACGAUAUUUCGUUCUAUGUAGCUGGGACAGCCAUAUUGCUUGGUGGUAUAAUGGGGUGUUUUAUAAAAAUAUUAGCAAACAAAGAAAUUGUGCAAGAACAAAAUGCGAAAAAAGGUACAUUGCCUGAAGACAAAAAGACACCAGUACCGUUUGGAAAAAAAGAGUGAAUAAAUUGUUGUUCUAAUUUUUUUUAUACGCUGAAUAUAUAUUGCGAUUACUAUUAAGUUUUUUUUUAACGAUCACAUAUCUGGGCUGUGUGCCACAAACAUUAUUUGCAAACAUUAUUAGGCAGUCCUAAAAAUUAUGUUUGUAAACAUAUUUUAUUUAAUUUUAAUUUUUUUACUAAAAUUCUUUAUCUAGCUAGUAUGGCAUAAUUUGUUAAAAUAUUUUUCUAUUUUUCUCUAUGAAAUAAAUGAAACUUUAUAAUUGUGAUUGUAGCACUAGGUGUUAAGUGCCAUACAUACAUAGUGCCUUAAGCGGGGAUUGAAAAAAUGAACAGAUCGUUAUAUUAGCUUAUUAUUGUUUGUUACUCAAUCACACAAAUGUUGCAAGACGGAUUUUGAUGAAAUUUAGUAACGGAUAUAAUUAUAUUUUAAGAACCUUUGUUAAGACAAGGCUUAAUCAUCGCAGCAUAGCAUCAGCUAAUAGGGCAUAUUAGGCAAAGCUCCGCGCAGAUGGCGCUACUGGUACACUAAGUAUGCCAAUGGAGGCAAAAAGCGCCAAUUUUCAAUAUUGUUGCA